ACUUUGAUACUAGCUAAGACCACCAACGGCGCUCUCCUCUCGAGGAUUCCGAGGGUCCGAUUGACGUGAAUACCGGCAGCCAUCGGACAAAAAAUAUCUCGUCAAGGACCCGUUCGUUUGCUCCGUUCGUCUGCUACUUAAAUCAAUCACCGAUCCUGGUACAAUUCGCUCCUCCCGCUAUGCCGUACUGUAUUCUACUUCUCUUGAUAGCCGUAGCUACGCAGGCAUCUUUCUAUUUACCAUCUACGAUUCAGGAAGAACAUCUUCUGGCGGAAAGGCAUCAUCAAAAUACCAUCGAUACGUUGAACGAUUUUAUCGACGCUGUCAAUUCUUACGCCGAAUAUUUCGGUAAUUCUCGAUUGUCCGAUGACUUUGAUAAGCCAAAGGAAAUACCGAUAGAUCUACCGGCUGAUUACGAAACCGUCGAUACGUUCAAUCCCAAUCCAAGUAUUCGCGAUCAAGAAUACCUGCAACAUAGUACUCUAUGGAGUCAUCAGCAUGCGAAUGAUUAUUACAGGGGUAACGAUAGACAUAGGUUACAACAGGGCGUUGGUUUAAAGGGCGGAAAAGAUGAUAAAACUGAAAAUGCAUUACCCGCUUACUGUACACCGCCGAAUCCUUGUCCAAUAGGAUACACCAUUUCUUUGCUAUCAGGUGAGAACAACUGUCUUGUCGAUUUUGAGAAUACGGCUGCGUUCAGUCGUCAUUAUCAAAGCAUACAGGAUUGUAUGUGCGAUACCGAACACAUGGCAGAUUGUCCGUCUAAUUCGAUUAACAAUAAUGGUCUUCCUGGUAUACGCAUUUCAAAUUCUGAUUUUGAAAAGAUCGUCGAAUUUCAGGAAGAGAAUCCAUUCUUCCAAGGAGAAAAAUUACCGAUAGCUGCGAAAAAAGGUAUAAAUGUGGUUUACUAAAAAGAUAUAAAAAUGUUAUCUAUCGAGUAUUUACUGUCAAGUCACAUUGAAUAACUCUAUGCACUAUGCUCGAUGGAAAAAUAUUAUAUGCCUGUUAAAUAAAAGGACUGUAAUACAUGCUUAGAUCAGAGGGGAGGGGGGGGGAGAGAGAGAGAGAGAGAGAGAAAAGUCACGUAUACAUGUAAAUUUCUUCUACAUAAAUUAUUUAAGAUUUUUUUUCAAUAUAUUAUACAUUAAAAUGAUCGUCGUCGCACCAAAAAAUGAUGCUAUUAUUAAAACGAACCAUUUAAUUUA